GGUUCACGUGCACCCCGGUCGGUGGAGCCAAGCAAGCCGCGGCAGCACAGCUGCGCGCACUUCUCGGUGGCGGUCCGGCGCCUAGGGCUUCCGCCGGUCAGCUGACUACCCAGUGCGGAACUGCGCCGCCCGCCAGUGCAGCCAGUGCUCAGUGCAGCCCGCCCGCCGUGCCCCCGCCACCAUGGCUGGGCUCGUGGUCAGUGGAACUCAAGUGUCUUACAUAGGCCAGGACUGCAGAGAAAUCCCAGAGCAGCUCGGCAGGGACUGCGGACAUUUUGCAAAGAGGCUUGAUCUGAGCUUCAACCUGUUGAGGUCACUGGAAGGACUGAGCGCAUUCAGGAGCCUGGAGGAACUCAUCUUAGACAACAAUCUACUCGGUGACGACCUCGUGUUGCCACGGUUACCCCACUUGCACACCUUAACCCUCAACAAGAACCAAAUUACUGAUUUGGAGCACCUCCUCGACCACCUGGCCCAGGUGACACCAGCCCUGGAGUACCUCAGCCUGCUGGGAAACGUGGCAUGUCCCAAUGAGCUGGUCAGCUUGGAGAAGGAUGAGGAAGAUUAUAAGCGAUACAGGUGCUUUGUUCUGCACAAGUUGCCCAAUUUGAAGUUUCUGGAUGCCCAGAAAGUCACCAGACAAGAACGGGAGGAGGCAUUGGUCAGAGGGGCCUUCAUGAAGGUGGUGAAGCCCAAGGCUUCCAGUGGGGAUGAUGCUGCCUCUCCCGAGGACCACCUCCAGUACACACCCUUGCCUUCUGUGUCCAGAGAGCUCACCAGUCACCGAGGUGUCCUGGCGAAAGGUCGCUAUUUUUACUAUGGAAGAAACUCAGAGGGUAAUAGGUUCAUCCGAGAUGACCAGCUCUGAAGCUAAAUUCUACAUGCCUUAGCCUAUGUCGUGACAAUAAAAUGGAAAGGCCAGAAAAACCACAGCCCACUUUGUGUUUCUCUAAGAAGGCUGUGACUCCAGCUUUCAGUACCGUGUGCCGACUUUGCCAGGCCUGUCAAGAUCAUCCAGCUGCCUCAGACUGAGUGGUCACAGAGAGAUUGACAUGAUUGCCCUUAAGCAGGUCUCAUCCACCAGGGUGACAGACAGCAGCGGCGCAGCACCAGGGCUGACAGCAUGAACACCAUGAUAGAUUGCCUGGUCUCGUCGCUGCUCACAGGGGGACAGGGGUCACACCUGGGGCCUCCUCGGGCAUGCUCACUGGCUGCAGUAUAGUAAACGAGGCUCUUCUGAGCUUGCCUUCUAAGUCUUCUGAUGUCACUGUGCUCUGGGCUUGUUUUCAGUGGGGUACUCACUGGUACAGAGGAGGGGCAUCCCAGUUAGCCUGCUUGUUAGGCAUUAUAUUAACCAACUCAUCAACAUGGUCUUUAAUCAUUGGCAAUGCUCUCCCAUUUGUAGAGAUCACUCAAAGGCCACAACUUCUCAACCAAGUCAUCUAUUUAUGUGUGGUUUCAUAAUACAACUCCUACAUUUCCCUAAGUCCCUGACUACAAAAGCAUUUUAAUUCAAAAUCUGCUUGUCCUGAACAUGUCAGUCACAGAGUAAGCCACCAGAGAUUGGCGACACCAGAGAUUCUCCUUUGUUUUUUCCUGUACACUGUCAGCUGUGCCUAGGGCCAUAUUUACCCUACAGGUUACAUUGUCCCUUUGGAUGCUAGUUAAAUGUAGUGAGAUAAUGAAAGAUGGUGGGAUGGGCCAGGAGGUUGGAAAACAAAUGGAAGACUAGAAAAUUCCCAGCAGACCAAACAGGUUUGAUAGAACACAAACUUUUUAGGUUUCCUGUUUCUCGCAGGACCUCUUAGGGGUCAGAUCCAUAGCUGAGGAGACAUUACUAGUUCUUUCUAUAGCUCUGGGGGUUUGCUAGCACUGGUAUUACAGGGAAAGCAGCAGAAUUAUGCUAGCCAAAUGGUGCUCAUUUUAUCUACAUCACAGUUGUCCAGGUCAAGCCACUCUGGAAGGCAUCUGAAAGACUUCUUGCCCUUAACACAAUAGCACCUACCCUUCCUUAUUGUAUUUAUGCCAUGUAUUCACUUCCCUGAGUCCCCUAGGUUAGGACAGCGAAGACCGAAAGAGAAUCCCUUCACACCAUGGAUAGCCACGAGAGUUGCUAGUAGAGAGUCAGGCACUGAGGGCUCAGAUCCCCUGGGCUGCUGGAGAAGGACCCUUCUUUCUCAGAUCUUGUCCGUUCAUACAGCCUCUGCCUUACUGAGUUAACACAGCCUUGGAAUAACAAAUACCCAGGCUGGCAGGAGUCCCACAUGGAGAUGGCACAACAUGCUUUCAUCAGCUGUUGGGAGCAGCUAACGUUCAAGUCCUUGAGACCAUUAAUAACGAGGGAUUAUACAAGCCGCCCAUAACCAGGGUUGAGUACCUUCUCUGUUUGAUCUACACAGCAGCACCGAGAGCUGAUGGUUUCCAUUAGUGCCAUCAGGUCCCACCUUGCCUCUUUGUUUAGUGGCAUCAGAACGUUUGGUCCAUUGCAUAUUAUGGGAAGCAAGGCUCCGCACAAGGGCAGCAAGACUCGUCUGAUGUCACAUCCAAUCUAACGGCACAUAUAUCCCUGUCUUCAUAAAAGGCUUUAACCCUGCCUCAAACAAUAAAAAAGCACUUGUGAACUGA